AUGCUGACUGAUUUGAAAGACGGCCUGCGCGAUUUUGGCUCAGUACAGGGCUCCCUCCGGGACCCUGAGGCAACAAUGCAAGUCCCGUACGAGAUUCAUGUGAACUCCAGCGCUGAGCCCGGUGGUUGCCAAGGGCUGAUCUUCCGCUGGGCGCAGAAUGAUUCGAGAGGGAGUCGGUGUCUGCCUUUCUUGCUGCGCUUUGGCGGCGCCGGCCAUCCUGCAGUGCGGCUGUACAGCCGUGACGCACAGGGCGUUUACCGGUCUGCGUGCGCCGGCGGCACAGCAGAGGCGCAGCUGCUGCAGGCGCUUUUGCAGCGGCCGGAGAUUCUGAUGUCAGACUUGCCGGGUCCUGCGCUGCGUACACUCGCUGAAACGCUGCAACACUUCAACGCAUACCUGCAAAGGAACGUGCCCUCGAAAGAUGGCUUGAGAGCACGAGUUCGCGUCGCCGUUGAACAGACGCAGAGCUUGGAAAAUCUGCUGCACUUCCCAGGAUGUCUAUUGCGCAGACAAGAUUUCAUGCCGUUGAGGAUGCUGGAAGCUCGCCUGGAACAGGAUCCGGACUCUACGAUCAUGCAGUGCAUCGGGACCAAUGCGGUGUCUUGGCUGGUCGAAGACGCUCAGUUGCCUCCGGUGCAACUCUACGUCCAGGACCCACUCUGCCGGUUCCUGUACAUAUUUUGUUUGCAUGACUUCAAGAGUACGAACAAUUUCGGUGCCAUCCUGUGUCACAUGGGGCGAGUACUUCGUGACGUUGCAUGUGCAUCCGUUCGUGCAGGACCGGUCGUGUCUGGCAUGCAAUGUGUCGCGGGGACGAUUUCGCUGCUGCGAGCGUAUCGACCACGGGAAGAUCUUCCAGCCAGUUGUUGGAAGGGCCAUUUGGUCUGGGUCUGUGAGCGGACGGUAUUGCAGGAGCAACUGAGUCCAGCGCAGCGCAGGGCCACUCGCGACGGGUCCUUGAACAUGUUCCACGCCAUUUGGCGUCAUGGCACCUGUCAUGAAGUGGUGUCGUCGUCCGUCGACAACAGCAAAUUCGAGCUGGCGCCCAGUCUCCCUUGUGGUGAAGACGCUGAGGACGAUGCUUGA